GCCGCCUGUGAUCGAUGAUUGGAGAGCUUGAAUUGGUCCACGUCCGCUAGCCCCGCGCCGUUCCACACGGUUGGCGUCCCGCACCUCUUCGAUCCAUCGCCUAGGAUUGCUGCGGGCACGCCUUCGGACCGUCGUUUGACGGCACUGCUCUCCCAGCUCAACCCUUCACCCACGCUGUGGCGGGCCCCGUCGCGUGAGGAACGCUGAGUGCGAGGGUCGCAACAGCGAUUUUAGACCCUCAGGAGGCUCCCCAGCCAGUUUCAUACAAAAAAAGCCCCGCCUUGGGGUGCGAACGCGAGCGCGUGCGAACGCGGACACCAACGACCACGAUAACCAGCAAAAAUGGAGGUUCCGAGCGAGGAACCCGCCCCGAAGCGGCCCAAGCCCGACGACCAGUGGAGGUUAGAACGCACCCUAUCAGUACCGGCCACAUCAAACGACGAAGCCCAAUACUCCUUUGAUUGUGUCAAAGGGAAAGAACGCCAUCGCAUCGGCCCCGCCGUGCGACUGUUGCAGGACGGCACGGCGGCCUGGCAUCCUAGAAGUUUGAGGGAGUGGUUGCGGACGAACACGAAACUGCGGCCGACGGAUGUGGUUGUGGCUUGCUAUCCAAAAUGUGGGACUACAUUAACGGAGCAAAUCGUGUUGCUAGCCUUGAACGGCGGCGACGCGGCAUCAUUGGACCCUUUAUCAAAGAACGCCAAGAACUACCUGGGCGACGAAGCGUCCAUAGGCAAAGUGUGGCCCGAGGCCUGCCUGCGGCCCGACGACGCCCAGGCGGGUGGUGAUAAGGGCAAGGAGGAGUUCGUGCCCAUGACGCGUUCGGCGUUUGACGCGUUACCUGCACCUAGGGUCAUAAAAACGCACGCGCGCGUGAGGAACUUGCUCGGGAAUGACCAGGGAGGUUUGGUCGAGGGCGCGAAGUACGUGAUUUGCACGCGGAACCCCUUCGACGCCUGCGUCUCGGCCUACUACCACGCGUGGCACCCGAAAAAUUCAGGAUGGCCUUUUGACGCGUGGGCCGAGGCCUGGUUGGAAAGCGACCAGUGGUCGCCCAACAGUUCUUGGUUCCGGUGGCACACGGAGUGGCGGGACACGCACGCGUCGAACACGGACCAGUGUCUCUGGCUGUGGUACGAGGAUUUAGUUUCUAACCCGGACUACUGGGCCAGGAAAGUGGCCCAUUUCGUUACUGGUGUGGAACCCGAUGACGAACUAGUGUCAAAGCUAGUACAAGGAGCGUCCUUCGAGAAGAUGAAGGCCCACGCUAGUCGUGCUGAGAAUUCAUCUCGCUUAAAUUCGAGUGACCAUCUGCGCGUCGGGAAGACGGGGACGUGGCGCGACCACUUCGCGCCCUACCCCGGGCUGGAGGAGAAGUUCCGGGAGGUCUUCCGGAAGCGCAUGGCCGGCCCUGGGCUCGCCUGGAACGUGGGCGAGGGCGACGCCUUGGCCACGCCGAUCGUGUUGCCGGCCUGACGACCUGUUGUAUACCCCUGAGGCGCGCACGUGUGUGCGCGUCGCCCGUCGUCGCCCUGCUUAAUUAAUAGAUUAUUAAUCGUC